GUAAAUAACAAUUAUCCAACAUGUCGCUCACGGUAUAUUUAAAACGUUUUAAAUUAAUAAAAUCCAAAGCAGAAAGAGUCGUUACCUUGGAGUUCAGAGGUAAUCGUAAAACCUCUUCAACAAUACUGGACCCAGAUGAACUGAUUACAGUCAAUCAGACGUUCGUAUGGCACCUCACAACGCCAGUAGACAAAGGCGAGCUGCUGACCAUCACACUGCUGGAGAAGCAGCGUUUCGUUGCUGCCCGUGUGGUCGGCAAGUACCGGCUAGGAAUGCACAUGGUGGUCGUGGAUGGCAUGAUACCGAUCACUGAUUCGCUUGUCGACGAUGACAAUCACGGCGUACCGGCAUACAUAGAAAUGGACGUGUUCUACGAGCCUCCAGUGAGACGCGUUAUAGAAAUGGGAGAUGGCGCCCAUUGCCUACCAGAUGUUCCUCCUAGAAGCAAGCAGAUCACUCCAGCUGUGCACCACAAGCCCAGCAAGUCACGCAGCUCUGGCCGCAGCGAUUCCAGUCAGCCAGGACCAUCCCGUCAGCUCACACUGGACCCAGUCCAGAGCCAUUCGCACGUCAUCGACAUGGACGACAGCACAGGACUUGAAGACUUAGAGCGCAACAUUGCUAAUCUAGAGCGCUCGCUACAAAACAGUGACACAAUUAUUGAUAUGGAAUCGGAAGACGAAUCCCGCACAAGGAAAAUCAAAUCAGUGGGAAAACGCUUCCUCAGACGCGGAUUGUCGGUUGGGACCGAACGUACCAUGAACACUAAGCGUACGUCAACACUUAAGACUAUGCGAAGCUUCAUUCGUCUGGGUAAAAGUCGUCUUAAUGAGAGCAGUGGCGAAGAAGAACAAGGUCUUCUCGACCUGCCUGGGCCUUCCACUGAGCCCGACGGACAUUACAGUCAGACUUCUAUGUCAUCUGAAGAUUUGUUGGUAGAUCUACACUCACCAGAGGUAGAAACACCGAAAACAAAGAAAAUGCGAGUUGCUUUGGAUAUGGCUGGACCCUCGGCUCUUAAAGCUGCAGAUUUCCAAAUUUGCAUCACCGUGAUUGAAGCGCGUCAGCUCGCAGGCCUGAAUAUGGACCCUGUCGUAUGCGUCCAAGUUGGAGACCAGAGAAAAUAUACAAGCGUGAAGGAGAGCACUAAUUGCCCCUACUACAAUGAAUAUUUCGUCUUCGACUUCCACAUGCCGCCCAUCAUGCUGUUCGACAAGAUAAUCACACUAUCGGUUCUACAUUCUCGGAACUUUCUUCGUGCUAACAAGCUCCUGGGCAAUUUCAAAUUAGACGUCGCCACGGUUUGGAACCAGCCGGAUCGCCAGUUCUACCACAAAUGGGCACUCCUCACGGACCCGGACGACAUAACAGCAGGGCCAAAGGGCUACUUAAAAUGCGACAUAAGUGUUAUCGGCAAGGGUGACCAAGUAAAAGUUCCACCCAAGAGUGAAAAAGACGAAGAUGAUAUAGAAGCAAACUUGCUUCUCCCCGAUGGCGUGCCAAUUGAACGGCAAAGAGCUCGAUUCAUUGUCAAAAUACACAAAGCGGAUGGUUUGCCGAAAAUGGAUUCUUCCAUACUCGCUAAUAUAAAAAGCGCGUUUACCGGCGAAAGCCAGGAUAUAAUAGAUCCUUACGUGCAAGUUUGCUUUGCGGGGAUGACGGGUAAAACGUCAGUACAGAAGAAUUGUUGCAACCCAGUUUGGAAUGAACAAAUCGUGUUCACUGAAAUGUUCCCGCCGUUGUGCCAACGUCUCAAAAUUCAGCUUAGGGACAACGUGCCCAUACACCCGAGCAUUAUUGCCACACAUUUCAUAGAUUUAAAAACGAUCUCGCAUGAUGGCGAAAGAGGAUUCUUGCCAACUUUUGGCCCAGCCUAUAUUUAUUUAUAUGGCUCAACUCGCGACUGUGGUCUAUUGGAUCAAUCCUCCAAUUUGAAUAAGGGUAUGGGUGAGGGUGUGUCAUACAGAGCAAGGAUAUUGAUUUCAAUAAGGACGGAGAUAAUAGACAACUUUGAAACUCCAUCCUCGGAAGUGGAGGUGGAACCAAUAAUGCCCAUAAAUGAAUUGGCAUUUGAAAAAAAUGAAGAAUUUUUCUUAUUCGCGAGCGUUUUCGAUGCUAAUAUGAUCGACAAAAGUAUUUCGGACAAACCUAUUCAUUUCGAGUUGAGCAUCGGCAAUGCCGGAAAUUCUUUGGAUGGUCCUCACGCUUCUAUGAGGAGACCACAAGAUUUAGCGGUAGAAUCGCUGGAUGACUUAAAUGCCGACACGGGCUAUUGGCAGAGUACCACUCCUGAUGUGAAGCCACAGACUACUGACAGAUAUUAUUAUUUCCUACCAUAUUGGGAUACUAAGCAAUGUAUGCACGUUCGUAGCAUUUGGCCUGAUCAUCGUCGCCGUAUGUAUAACUCCAACAUGCUCAACUACAUAAUUGACUUAUUGGAAGACGGGAUCACUGAUGCAGAAAUGUCUUUAAAAACAAAUGGGAGUCUGGACAAUACGUCCCUAGCUGCUUUAAAGUCAGUUAUGGAAACAGUUACUAUUCACUGUGCAAAGUAUACUGAAUACAUGAAUAGUGCUCAGCCUAUCGGAAAUACGAAGCUUGAUCGGGAGAGGCAAAAAUUGUGCAUAUACGAAAUAGAACAACUCGCUAAUUUAGCACGCACGCUCAAAGCUGUUAUUACAAGACACUCUGUCAAGGACCGCAUCAGAACGGCCUUUUCCUAUUUGAAUCGAUUGAGAUAUUUGUGCGAAGAUUCGCAACAUGCAAUGCCAGACAUAUUUAUUUGGAUGAUAAGUAACGGUAAACGUGUGGCUUACCAACGUAUCCCGGCUAGAGACAUAAUUUAUUCAGAUAGGCCCGAUGAAGUGGGUAGGCUUUGUGGAAAGAUGCAAACAUUGUUUCUUAAGUGGCCGGGCAAAAAAGCAUCAGCGCCGAGUGGUUGGUCAGUUCCUGCCAAAAUAGAAGUUUAUCUUUGGCUCGGGCUUUUGCAAGACAAAAAGCAUUUUAUCGACGGAUUGCCGGGAGGCUAUUCACUUAGCACUGAACUGAAAAAUGCUGACAGGCCUCGCGCUAAUCCACCAACGAAUAUAUUUUACACCGAGAGACACAAAUUCCAAAUGCGUGCGUAUAUCUACCAAGCCAGAUCAUUAAUAGGAUCUGAUGCUUCGGGUCUAUCUGAUCCAUUCGCACGAGUUGUUAUAGGAGAUUGCUCUGCUACGACGCAAGUUAUUGACGAGACUUUAAGUCCAACUUGGGAUGAAUUACUCCUAUUUGAUGACAUACUGCUAUACAGCUCAAUCGAUCAAAUAAAAAAAUACCCACCAACUAUAGCAAUUGAAAUAUUUGAUCAAGAUAAAGUUGGAAAAUCAGAAUUCAUUGGUCGAGCUUUGGCACGACCACAUAUUAAAUCUCUGUCGGAGAAAUAUGAAAAACCUGAAUUCCCACCUCGGCUAGAGUGGCACACAAUACUUCGGGGAGGCGAUGCUGCGGGCGAGCUCUUGGCUACCUUUGAGCUUUUGGAGGUACCAUUAAAACAAGGUGUUCCCGAAUUACCUGAUCUCCCAGAUCCUAGGGAACCAAAUGGAAAGCCACCAAUCGAUGCCAAUAAAGGCCCAAUUCUUCCUGUACCAGUGGGAAUACGCCCGACUCUAUCGAAAUAUCGUAUAGAAAUAUUGUUUUGGGGUUUGCGCAACUUAAAACGUGUUCAUCUGCUAUCCGUUGAUAAACCAAGGGUUGACAUAGAAUGCGCUGGACAUUUGAUAUACUCAUCUGUUAUACAAAAUUCCAAACGCAAUCCUAACUUCACAAGUCCGGUAAAAUUCAUUGAUGUUGAACUGCCAGAUCAGGAUUUAUAUCGACCUCCCUUGACGAUCCGUGUUUUAGAUUGCCGGAGCUUUGGCAGAGUGACACUUGUUGGAACACAUACUAUUAAUUCGAUUCAUAAAUAUAUGUACACCCCUAUGAGCAAGCGUGAAAAAGAUCUUGAGGACCGUAAAAAGUCAUUGAUUCAAUUACAAAAUGUAGACUUGCAUGCGAAUCGUAUAGUUCAGGAUGAUAUAAUUAUGACUACUGACGAGAGAGAUAGCUGUCCUCUUCUAAUACAUGACUUCCAAGGAACAGCUUCUUAUGGAUCAAGCGCUACUUCUCCUAUGCGUAAAAAAGCACCAGGCUAUGCAAAACGUGAACUCAGCAGGAGGAGGAAACCAAGUUCCGAAUCAUCCGGUGAAGAGGAUGACAGUAGCAAAGAUUGGUGGACAAAAUAUUUCGCAUCCGUAGAAAAAAUGAUAGAAGAAGAAAAAGAACACAAGAGGGAAAGACAAGGUUUACUACAGCCCUGCACUCUGAACUAUGUUGACGAAACACAGUCUCCUCGAGAUGAAGCCCACUCACCGCGAACUGAACGCAACAGACGCCGUCGCACUGCAUCGCCAAAACCGAGUCCAACUAUAACCAACAAUUAUGAAAUACCUACCAGCACAUUGGCUAAAGUAUAUCCACACGAGCUUGAGGCUGUACCAGAGUAUGAAGAGUUUAAAGAUUGGCUGCACUCAUUUGACUUAUACCGUGGCAAAAAGACGGGUGAUGAGGCUGAAGAUGAAAGUAGAGUUGUUGGAACAUUUAAGGGAGCACUAAAAGUUUACAAAUGGCCACUGUCUAAAGAAGCUGAAGAAAACACCGUCAUGGAAUUUGAUCCAAAUUCUGGUUUCUUCCAUAACGUACCCAGUAAUGAGCCGAUACAUGUUUUGAUAAGAGUUUACAUUGUCAAGGCCACAGAUCUACAUCCUAUGGAUUUUAAUGGAAAAGCCGAUCCUUACAUAGUCCUUCAUCUGGGAUCACGUAAAUUCAGUGACAAGGAGCAUUAUCAAUCCAAACAACUCAAUCCAGUAUUUGGUAGAUGUUUUGAAACAGAAGCUACUUUCCCUCAUGAUUCUAUGCUCACAAUACAAAUUCUUGAUUGGGAUUUGUUAGGAAAAGACGAUUUGAUUGGUGAGACAAAAAUCGAUCUAGAGAACAGAUUUUAUAGCCGUCACCGUGCAACUUGUGGAUUACCGAUGAAAUAUGAAGAAGAGGGAUUUAACCGUUGGCGCGAUGCAAUGAAGCCAACACAAAUUUUGGCUAAACUAUGCAAAGAUAUCAAAAUAGACGCGCCGAUAUAUGAAUAUGGUCGGGUUAGGAUUGGACGUACAAUUUUCAACAUGUCCAUGGAUGAUCCCGAAUUAUUCACUAAUCCCGACACAAUUCAAGAACAGAUGGCAUUGAAUGUGCUCCGACGUUGGCACGAGGUCCCCCGCCUUGGGACACAUCUUGUCGUUGAACAUGUAGAAACACGACCCCUUUAUAAUCCCAAUAAGCCGGGUAUCGAACAAGGACGCCUAGAGAUGUGGGUUGAUAUGUUCCCAAUGGAUAUGCCACUCCCUGGACAGCCUGUAAACAUCUCUCCCAGAAAACCAAAAUCUUACGAAAUGAGAGUCAUUAUUUGGAACACUGAUGAUGUUGUUCUUGAAGACGAUGCAUUCUUUACUGGUGAAAAGAUGUCUGAUAUCUACGUGAAAGGGUGGCUGAAAGGUCCUGAUGAUUGUCAAAGCACUGACAUUCACUACCGCUCACUAACUGGCGAAGGAAAUUUCAACUGGCGUUUCAUUUACCCCUUCGACUACUUGGAGGCUGAAGAGCGUAUAGUGAUAACGCGCAAAGAAUCGGUAUUCUCAUGGGAUGAAACUGAAUGCAAAAUUCCAGCACGGCUAGAAUUGCAAGUUUGGGAUGCUGAUCAUUUCUCAGCUGAUGACUUUUUGGGGGCUUUGACUCUAGAUCUGAACCGUUUCCCGCGGGGUGCAAAGUCUUCCAAGCUUUGCACAUUGGACAUGCUACGAAAUGAUGGUACUGUGCCAAUGGUAAACAUUUUCAAACAAAAGCGUAUUAAAGGCUGGUGGCCUUUCUAUACUAAACGUGACAAUGAAGAAAUGGAACUUACUGGAAAAGUAGAGGCUGAAAUCCAUCUUCUUACUCGUGAAGAAGCCGAGAAAGUACCAGCUGGAUUGGGACGCAAUGAACCAGAUCCCUUGGAAAAACCAAAUCGGCCAGACGCGUCCUUCAUGUGGUUUUUGAAUCCGCUGAAGUCUCUGCGCUACAUACUGUGGCACAACUACAAGUGGACCAUCGUCAAAACGAUGUUUGUAGCCGGCGUGGCUCUGAUGAUCUUUUUACUCAUCUACGCUGUUCCCGGAUACACAGUCAAGAAAUUCCUCGGUGCUUAAACGGAUGAUUGUAUUGUUAAACAUAUCAAUUUGGAGGACUUACGAAAAUUAUUACAAUGUUAUCUAUUUAAAGUAAAGAUUAAAAGUCUCAGUUUAACUAUAGUUAGCUGGCGCCAUAGCGCCACAUUCUGACAAACCAAUUUAAAAAAAAAGAUUCGCCUCCAUCACAAGAAGAUCAGCGAAAUGGCUCCCGGAUUAAAGUCAACAAAUACCACUAUAACCAGCCUUAGUCUGGUUUAAGUUUCACGACGACCGUCAGUAUGGACUGCCCCGCGCAGAUCGGUCUGUAUUAAGAUUAGGGAGCGUUUACGCGGAGAGUUCCGUACGGACGACUGUCGGCUUGGAAAGCACCGUAGCCUGCACGGUGCAUCUGAAGUAAACCAGUCUAGGGCUGGUUUUAGUGUUAUUUGUCGAUUUUAAUCCGGGAGCCAUUUUCCUGAUUUAAAGUACACAAUAUUAUGACAUAAUAUUUGAUAUUACAUAUCUCCUGAUAAUACGCACUUUUCGAUGCUAUAGGAUACGUGCAGUAAGUUUUUACGACCAUAUUUCAACCGGUCAUGGAGCAAACCUAUACAUUAUAACUAUAAUAUAAUAUUUAUUAUCUUCAUCUCAAAUCAUCAUCUUGACUAUUUGUGAAAUUAUUAUUACAAAAUUAUUCCAUCUUUUCGCUAAUACAUCAUAUUUUUAUGAU